AUGGCCGCGGCGGCAGCUCUGCUCUUGUUCGGGCAGCUCUCGGGUGCCGGUGCCCAGGGCAGUCAGGACUUCAAGCUGCACCAGCCCCGGGACAAGGUGUCGGUGAUAGUGGGGAAGACGCUCACCCUGGGCUGCACCGUGUCUGGAUCCAGUGAGCCUGGUCCUGUGAAGUGGCUGAAGGGCUGGGGCACUGAGAACAGGACCAUCUAUGGGGACACUAUGGGCUCUGCUUCCCCCCGUGUGACGAGAGCAGUGGAAGGGUCCGACACAGACUUCACCAUCCACAUCAGGGAUGCUCAGCCCGAGGAUGCCGGCACCUAUUACUGCGUGAAGUUCCAUAAGUCCCUGAGCGGUGGGGAUGAGGUGUUUCGGCGUGGAAGUGGCACGGAGGUGUCUGUGCUCGAGGCAGCCGUGGUUCCUGGCAUGGUGGCUGCAGUUGUGGUGCUCUGCCUCCUCCUCCUCCUCGUCCUCCUCGUCGCCCUUUGCCUGUACAGGAGGAAACGCCGAGGUGGGGUGGGCAGCCCGUGCCCAGCGGGGCCGGCAGGCAUGGGCAGCUUCCCCCCCUCCCCGCUGCAGUGCUGUGCAGGGACCCCCAGCACCCGCAGCGAAGUUCUGGAUGCAGAGAGCUCCCACCUACCCAGCCAGCAGAGCAGCAAGGAGGAGAACGACAUCCACUACGCCGACCUGCAGGUCCUGCCUGUGGCCCCGCGGCACGGCAGGAGCGGGGGCACAGCCUGCACGGAGUACGCCAGCCUCAGGAUAGCUGCCGAGUGAUGCGCGGCCCCGCGGCCCGCCCGGCCCAGCCGUGCCAGGGAGGAAGCAGGGACCUUUCUGCAGGGCACGGUAAAGAAGAAGUGGAGCUGUUUGUGCUGUGAGCGGUCUCAGCUCAGCACGCCAUUCUCAGAGCCGAGCUCCUCCUGUUUGUUCCCGUCUCAGGGCUGGACCUGCCGUGCCAGCUCUCCCAGGACCCAGCAGCCAUCUCAGACCACGAGGCUGAGCACCUCUGCCUUGUGCGAGCUGUUUGGUGCUGAUGACACUAGGAGGGCCUCAUGCUUGCUUGUGCCCACCAGCACAAGCCUCCACUGGCCCUUUCCUGUCUGACAGGUCCAUAAUUUCUGUUAUCUUGUCACCACCCUCAUUAAAGCCAUCCAACAAC